GCAACCGUUGCUCUGCGCUGCAGCGCCAUAGUCACCGUAGUCCUGGCGACUGUAACCCACCAACAAUAACAACAACAACCUCCUCCUUUCCGCUCCAUCCUUACCAGCACCUUCCUCCCAUCCUCAUCCUCACACUAGUCCAGUCGCCAUGCAGACCCCAGAGGCAGGUGCUGACUCCGGGUCCAACGUACCCCUUCAGACCAGCGUGCCUGUGCAGCCUGCGGUCAGUUCGCAGCAGGUGGUGUCUCAGGUGCCCGUCCAGCAACAGGCGCAGACUGUUCAACAGGUCCAACAUGUGUACCAAGCACAGGUGCAGUAUGUUCAGGAGGAGAACAACAGCGUUUACACCAACGGAACCAUAAGGGCAUAUUCGUACACAGAACCGCAGCUGUACAACCAGAACAGCGGCGGGAACUACUUCGAUACGCAAGGAAGCUCGGCUCAGGUGAGCACUGUGGUGACGACUCACAGUAUGGCCAACAACGGCAACGGGGGUCUGGCCAUGGGACUGUCUGGAGGCCAAAUCAUCAGCAGCUCAGGAGCUUAUCUGAUUGGAGGAAACUCAAUGGAUGGCUCCGCCCCUCACACGCAGACCACUAGAGCCUCCCCCGCCACGAUUGAAAUGGCGAUUGAGACGCUCCAAAAGUCUGAAGGUUUAUCCAGUCAGAGAAGUUCGCUGCUCAACAGCCAUCUUCAGUGGCUGCUGGAUAAUUACGAGACAGCAGAGGGCGUAAGUCUGCCCCGCUCCACCCUCUACAGUCACUACCUGCGCCACUGUCAGGAGCAGAAACUGGACCCUGUCAAUGCUGCGUCAUUUGGGAAACUCAUCCGCUCCAUCUUCAUGGGGCUGCGCACCCGCCGCUUGGGCACCCGAGGGAACUCCAAGUACCACUAUUACGGGAUCCGCGUGAAGCCGGACUCUCCUCUGAACCGGUUACAGGAGGACAUGCAGUACAUGGCGCUGAGACAGCAGCCCGUCCAACAGAAGCAGAGAUUCAAGCCAGUGCACAAGGUGGACAGUGUUUCAGGGGAGAACUUCUCCAGUGGUGGUCAGCACACGCCCAACACUGCAGAGCAGACGUUCAUCGCUCAAAGCCAGCACCAUCAGCAGUUCCUGGAUGCCUCUAGAGCUCUGCCAGAGUUUGUGGACCUUGACCUCGGAGAGUCUGUGGAAGGUGUCGGCCCAGAGGACGUCAAAGCCCUUCAGAUGCUGUACAGAGAACACUGCGAGGCCAUUUUAGACGUGGUGGUAAACCUUCAGUUCAGUCUAAUUGAGAACUUGUGGCAGACUUUCUGGCGUUAUUCUCCCUCCAACUCUGUAGAUGGCGUCACCAUCAUCGAAAACAGCGGGAUGAGCGAGAUCGAGGGCCGUCUACCGCAGGCCAGACUGGUUCUGCUCUGCCGAAAUGAGGCGGUGCUGAAGUGGAUGAACACCUGUGAUCAUCUGAUGUAUCAGGCCCUCGUGGAGAUCCUCAUCCCUGAUGUUCUGAGACCAAUUCCUAGUGCCUUGACUCAAGCCAUUCGAAAUUUUGCCAAAAGCCUUGAGGGCUGGCUCACCAACGCCAUGAGCAGCAUUCCCCAGAGGAUGAUCCAGACCAAGGUUUCCGCUGUUAGUGCCUUCGCUCAGACCCUCCGCAGAUACACGUCUCUGAAUCAUCUGGCGCAGGCAGCUCGUGCAGUCCUGCAGAACACCUCCCAGAUCAACCAGAUGCUCAGCGAUCUCAACCGCGUUGACUUCGCCAAUGUGCAGGAGCAGGCCUCGUGGGUGUGCCAGUGUGAAGAGGGGGUGGUCCAGCGUCUCGAGCUGGAUUUCAAGGCCACGCUCCAGCAGCAGAGCUCGUUGGAACAGUGGGCAACUUGGCUGGACAACGUGGUAUCUCAAGUUCUCAAACCGUACGAGGAUAAACCAAGCCUCCCCAAAGCUGCACGCCAGUUCCUGCUCAAGUGGUCUUUCUACAGCUCUAUGGUCAUCAGAGAUCUGACCCUUCGGAGCGCUGCCAGUUUUGGCUCUUUCCACUUGAUCCGGCUGCUGUAUGAUGAGUAUAUGUUCUACCUGGUGGAACACCGUGUCGCCCAGGCAACGGGAGAGACGGCCAUUGGAGUUAUGGGAGAGUUUCAGGACCUGAAUACCAUGUCACCUGCCAACAUUGACAAAGAUGAGGUGAGCGAGAUGGACAGUGAUCUGGAUGAUGAAAUGGAGGAGUCCGACGAGCCCCUCGCCAAGCGGGAGAAGUCAGAGAUGGAGGUGAUCCAGGUGCUGCAGGUGGGAGCGAUGGAGGAUGGCAGCAGCGCGGUGGUGGGAGUGGUUCAGCCCAGUAUGCUCGGCUCUUUGCCCCCAACUACUGGCAAUCACACCGAGCUCAUCCUCAGCUCGACCGGAACCAGCACCAUCCGCCACUGCGGCAGCGUGGGAAACACGUACGCCUCUGUGUGAACAUCCGAGGCCGUCAGCUUCUCUCUUUUCCUCUCUUUACGCUUCGUCUCUCACUACUAUCUCACCGUUUGUCUGCAAGACAUCCCUUCUUAUCUUCCAUGACGAUAGCAGCGUGGUUUACGUCACAGAAACAGGAUGUUGAUGCAUAGCUGCUUUCUGUUCCAGCCCUUCGGUCUGGCUACGGGCAAAGUUCUGAUGAACGUUAGGAUGUGACGAGAUGUUGAUUGUAAAGUUGAACGCCCUGAUGUUUAUAGGAUGACCCAGAACUCAAAUCCAAGCCACUAGUUCCACAAGGGAAACGUAGACAUUGAUUCUGGAAAAUACCAUUUGCAGAGUCACGGUCUCUAUUUUAUUGUACAAUUGUACUGGUCAUUAUUUACACUUUUGUUUAGAAUAUGUAAUAGGCCAAAUGUCGUGCUGUUGAGCUAUUUGCUGUCUGGUUAGGGAGUGGAACGUCUCGCUGUAUAACUGUGCUGCUAUAAUCGAAGCAAGCUAGACAACCGUACUGAACAUAACGAGCUUGCCGCUUUCACCUACUGUACUUCUGCGGUCUGAGCGUCUCAAAUUGCCUUCUGUUGGUAGAUUAAGUUGUUUGGCAGUUUGAAGAGGAUUUUACUUUUGGUCAUAGUGCAUAUAUGCUGCAUGUACAAACUGCGUUGUGGGUCUUUUUAUUUUUUAGAAUUGGACCAAAAACACAGGAGUGAGGGACAACUGGCUGUCCUGGGCCAUUUCGAAGCUUCGUUGCCUCUCACACCUGUGCGAUAUUGCAGAACAGAGCGAAAUUCAGGGAUUUUUUUGUACCUCGGGUUCAUCUUAGUGCCUUAAGCCAAACAACAGCUUUUCAUUUCGUCUGGACUGGUGAUGUGAGGAGGUCGUUUGGUUUCGCUUGUACCGUAAACCACAGCGCCCAGAGAAUAUUUGUAGUCCCGCGUGGACAUCUAGCAGCGGAUUUAUCGCGGUGGACAUGUGGCUGGAUUUGUGGUCUGACUUCAGCGUUUGUUAACGCCCGAGCACUCGCAUUAAAAUUCAGGAUUGUGGUUUUGCGCCUGUUGCUGGAUUACUGCUCCCUAUCCACCGUCAAGGCCUGUUCUGUCCUCCGCCUCUUCAGUAAGGCGAAGGCCGCGUGUAUAUGUAUGUUCGCGUGUGCACGGGUGCAUGAAAUUGGCCGAGGUGUUUGUCGUUUGAUUGUCAUGUGUGUACCUUGUCACCCUACCUCACACCGGCACUGCCGGUCUUUGACACAAAAAUUCCGGAUGUCUGGAAUUGCGUUUCGUUUUUUUGCUGGCCCCCGAUCACGUUCUCAUCUUGUCAUAUGACUUCAGUUCUCAUUUAAAUGGACAUCGGCUGCAACCACAAAAGUGAAUAUUUACAGAUUAAAAAAAAGGAAUAUUCUGGGUUCAAUACAAGUUCAAUCGGCAGCAGUCGUGGUAUAAUGUUGAUUACAACAAAACAGUGAGACACUUCCAAUGGAAGUCAAUGGGGUUUAAUCUGUAAACAUUCAAAUACUGUUUCAAAAGUAUAGACACAAGACAUAAACAAUAUGUGUGUUAACAUGAUUUUACUGUCAUUAAAUCACUUAAUAACCACAUCUGUGUGAAGAUAGACAAUUUUACAACUUCGUUGCCAUGACAACGUAACGCUGUAAACCCUAAAAUGAUCGACUGAAUUCUGUUCACAAGACUCUAGACUGUCAUUUAAGGGUUAAACUUCUGCUGCAUCGAGUCACAUGACACAACAGCAUGACAUUGAUUACCUUGAAGCACUCUUACAGACGCAGCGCCAACAUAAGUGCCUCUGGUGAGAAAUAUCUGUACGUUUAUUAUUGAAACCUGUUUGGUUGUAAAGAGGAGAGUCUCUAGUUUCAUUUGAUAUGCCGCUUUAAAACAUCCGUUCAUUUUGUGCGCAUCUGCGCGCUGAUAAACAUGAUGUCCACAUACGUGUACACUGGCACCACGUUUCCUCAAAAGUUGAAAAACAUGUUACUAUCACUACAAUACGCUUCCAUUCAUUAAUGUUAGUAAAUACAAUCCUUAUAUGUAGUUAUGAUGAUAAUAAGAUGCAUUUCAAACUGUUCUGAGACCAGUGCAGACAGACAGCACACUGGAGGUUAAGUCAUGCACUAAAUAGGGAGCAAGGGAGCAUCCUAUAGCUCUCCUAUAACUGUUCUGAGACCAGUGCAGACAGACAGCAGACUGGAGGUUAAGUCAUGCACUAAACAGGGAGCAAGGGAGCAUCCUAUAGCUCUCCUAUAACUGUUCUGAGACCAGUGCAGACAGACAGCAGACUGGAGGUUAAGUCAUGCACUAAAUACUGAGCAAGGGAGCAUCCUAUAGCUCUCCUAUAACUGUUCUGAGAUCAGUGCAGACAGACAGCACACUGGAGGUUAAGUCAUGCACUAAAUACUGAGCAAGGGAGCAUCCUAUAGCUCUCCUAUAACUGUUCUGAGACCAGUGCAGACAGACAGCACACUGGAGGUUAAGUCAUGCACUAAAUACUGAGCAAGGGAGCAUCCUAUAGCUCUCCUAUAACUGUUCUGAGACCAGUGCAGACAGACAGCACACUGGAGGUUAAGUCAUGCACUAAAUACUGAGCAAGGGAGCAUCCUAUAGCUCUCCUAUAACUGUUCUGAGACCAGUGCAGACAGACAGCACACUGGAGGUUAUGUCAUGCACUAAAUAGUGAGCAAGGGAGCAUCCUAUAGCUCUCCUAUAACUGACCAUAAACCCUCCAUAAAAUUCAAGAAAAGUAGGGUCGAGUGGAAAUGAACUUUAGAGGUAAUCAAUAUUACCCCACAAAUGCUGUCGAUCAAGCUUCACUAAUAUUGAUCCCGGAAUAUUCCUUAAAUAACUCUGUACAGUCAGGGGUGGAGAGUCGUUUGGGAAUAGAUAGGUUGUUUGUUUUGCUUUAAUUGCUGUGAAACAGUGACGAUGAUGUUAACGGUUGUGGGUCAACAGCAUCCAUUAGUGUAAGUCCAUUAUCUGCGUUCACUCUGGCAGGAGCUGCCGACCACCUUAUGGACCUUUUUUGUGGUGCUUGACCCAUUAUUGACUGCUCUCUUAUUAUGGAAAACACUGGAAAAUUGUAGCUGGAAACUGGAUUACAUUAUUACUACUGACAUGUUUUGUUUGUUUUCCAAUGACUGCGUGCACGGAGGCUGUUUGAUGUGUUUUAUUCCUCUUAUUAAGUGAAAAUGUAUAAUUAAUCCUGAUUUUAUUGUGAGGGAAAUUGAGAGAUUGAAGCUGUCCAUUGUGUUGACGGUUUUGGAAUAAUAGGGAUGUGAUUUUAAAAGGACAACACGUGGUGAUCAUCGCCGUCCUGUGAAAGAGAUCGUCCAAUCAUAAUCACGAUGACGCCGUGUGGAAUCUGUGGGACGUACUGGAACGUGUUUUUACAAGUAAUGGCCAGUUACUAAAGACGUCCUACUGCUGAAGAUUAUGUGAUUGACCUGUAAUCG